UGGGUUUUGAGACGCAGCCUCUCUCCAGUGCAGCAUCCGCCAUAUUGUUUAUCAGGAGACGCCGAGAGGGCCACAAGGAAUGACGUUUAGGAUUUCUGUGUCUCCUGAUUAAGUUCCUGGAUGUCCUCUUUCAUUAGUACUACAAUCAGCCUAUGCUCCACCAUAAAGUCAUCACAUCUGCCUUCAUCAGCCCCAGCUGUAAUUUGCUGCUUGGAGGAGCCCUCCAAGGUGUUUCAGGGAAUACUGUGUAUAGAAUAUGUCUGGCCCCGUCCCGAGUCGCUCUCGAGUUUACCCUGAUGUAAACACACAACGACCCAGAGAGUACUGGGACUAUGAAUCCCAUGUGGUAGACUGGGGAAAUCAAGAUGACUAUCAGUUAGUGCGAAAGCUCGGCCGGGGAAAAUACAGUGAAGUGUUUGAAGCCAUAAACAUCACCAACAAUGAGAAAGUAGUUGUCAAAAUACUUAAGCCAGUGAAAAAGAAGAAAAUUAAACGAGAAAUAAAAAUUCUGGAGAACUUGAGAGGAGGCCCAAACAUCAUAUCACUUUUAGACAUCGUAAAGGAUCCUGUGUCACGAACGCCAGCUCUGGUUUUUGAGCAUGUUAACAAUACGGACUUCAAGCAACUGUAUCAAACAUUAUCAGACUAUGACAUCCGCUUCUAUAUGUAUGAAAUUCUGAAGGCUCUGGACUACUGCCACAGUAUGGGAAUAAUGCACAGAGAUGUAAAACCACACAAUGUCAUGAUCGACCAUGAGCACAGAAAGCUUCGUCUGAUUGAUUGGGGCUUGGCAGAGUUUUACCACCCAAACCAGGAGUACAAUGUACGUGUGGCUUCCCGAUAUUUUAAAGGCCCUGAACUCCUUGUGGACUACCAGAUGUAUGACUACAGUCUGGAUAUGUGGAGUCUUGGAUGCAUGCUAGCAAGUAUGAUCUUCAGGAAGGAACCGUUUUUCCAUGGACAUGACAACUAUGACCAGCUGGUUCGGAUUGCAAAGGUUCUGGGUACAGAGGACCUGUAUGAUUACAUUGACAAAUACAACAUUGAACUGGACCCACGCUUUAAUGACAUUUUGGGCAGACACUCCAGGAAGAGAUGGGAGAGGUUUGUGCACAGUGAAAAUCAGCAUCUGGUCAGUACCGAGGCUCUGGAUUUUUUGGACAAGCUGCUACGUUAUGACCACCAGGCCAGACUGACGGCUCGUGAGGCCAUGGACCACCCUUACUUCUACCCCAUAGUUAAAGACCAGGGCAGAGGAGCGCCGGCUUCAGGAAUGGCUGCCAGUUCCACACCAGUCAGCUCUUCUAGCUUGAUGGCAGGCAUCGCCUCAAUGACUCCGAGCAUACAGCCCAACAUAGCCAACAUGAGCGCUGGCUCGCCCGUCAUUCCUGCCCCAAACACAAUGGCCACACAAGUGCCCACUGCCGCUGGAGCCCAGCCCUGAGCACCAACUGCCCCUACCUUCCCCCUUCUCUUUCUCAUGUCCCUUUAUCUCUAUCUUUCAUCCCUCUAUCUGUCUUUCUCUUCUGUGGGGCUGCUUGUGAAUUGUUGGGGGAGGAGUGGGGUGCUUCAUUUAAUUUGUCAUUAUUUUUAUGUGUUAAAUAACAAAGAACUAAUGUUAAGUUACCGUUUUAUUUUUUUCUUCUAAGUUGUGUUGUAUAGGGAUUUAUGGACUCAAGAAACCCAUCAUGUUUUUCACCUGUCUCCGUGAGUUAGAAAAGCAUUUGGGUGUGAGCUUCUCACCGUAACUGUUUAGAAACACACAAAUGUCCACCUGAAAAAGGAUAAUAAAACAAAUUUUAUAUG